GUUUUUUUUUUUGAAAAUGGAGUGAAAGUCUUUCCGAAGGAGCAGCCCAUUGACGAACGCCAACUGCUAAAUCGCCACUGGCCGACUGCCGACAGCCGACCGCCUACGCUUGGACGCCUUCGGGCUUCCGCCCUGCCCCUUAUCGGCUUCUUAAUCCAUCAGUCCUCGCUCCUCUGCCUUCUGGAGUUGUGGUGCGGCGGUACCACCGUACCAGUGGUGUGCUUCCGCCUUCCGGCCUACUGCCUACUGCGCUUCAGUGAUUAGGCUCCCUUUUCACCUUCAGGCUUCAGAUACAGAAGCUAGUAAAAUGUUAUCCAGAAUUGCCAAUAUUCAGCUUGUGAGUUCUCAUCCUGAAGUAUAUGAACCGUGUGAUGAUUCAUUUGCAUUGGUUGAUGCAUUACUGGCGGAUGAGGCUAACUUGUCAGAUCACCGACCCAAAUUUUGUAUGGAAGUUGGAUGUGGCAGUGGGUACGUUGUUACGUCUCUAGCACUCAUUCUACGACGAUAUGAAGUUGUAGCAUCUAAGCCCCCCUCCUAUUAUAUUGCAACUGACAUCAAUCCUCAUGCGGUGAGGGUGACUCGUGAGACCGCAGAUGCCCAUAGUGUUGAUGUUGAGUGUGUCAAUACUGAUAUUGCAUCAGGAAUGGAGGGGCGUUUGGCUGGGUUAGUGGAUGUUUUGGUUGUGAACCCACCUUAUGUGCCCACCCCUGAAGAGGAAGUUGGUCGUGAAGGAAUCACCUCAGCUUGGGCUGGAGGUGAAAAUGGUGUUACUGUCAUCAAUAAGAUUUUACCUGUUGCUGAUAAGCUUUUGUCUGAGAGGGGCUGGCUGUAUUUGCUCACUCUUGCCGCGAAUAACCCCUCAGGAAUAUGCCUUCAAAUGAGAAAGAAGGGUUAUGCAUCUAGAGUCAUUCUUAAGAGAUCCACUGAUGAGGAGAGCCUUCAUGUUAUCAAAUUCUGGCGGGAUGUCUCUAAAGAAUGAUGAAGAAUGGUCAAAGAAUAAAAUGUAAGUAAUGCAUUAGUGAUGUUCAAUAUCCCAUACCCGGUGAUGUCACAAGUCCGAGCUGGCACUCUCUAACAAGCAAUGCUUUCAAGGUACGUAGACGAUAUUCAUUUUGUUUAGACAUUUACAUAGAAGUGUGGUGUGUGUGUAUGAACUUGCCAUUCAGAUUCUUUUGAUGGGAUGCAGGCUUGUUUUGUAAUCUAAAUCACUUGAGCGGGAGGUGUGAUUGUUCUUAAAAUUUCUCAUAUUAUUAAACAAAGCCUCUGAAAGCUAGUCCUUUAGGAUCCUACAGAAUCUGUUUUGGAAUUCCUAUUUCGGGAAGAAAAACAUAGGAGUCCUAUUUUGGAAUUCCAAAACUUAUUUUGUCCCAUUUAGAGCAAUUUUCCAUAAAACAUUGAUAAUCUUAUUUAUGAACUUUAUUUAUAUUUUACAAAAUCACGAGUAGUUCAUUUAAGAACUUAUCACAUUGGUGGAUGACUUUCUGUAGACUCUAAAAAUAAAUUUCAUAUAUGUACUCUGUAUAUAAUAGUAUAUUGUGCAAAGUACGUAUCUGAAAUGUAUUUAAUUAGAUUUUUUAAACUGACCAGAUCAUGAUUUGGAUAAAAAUCUAAAAUGCUUUCAAUAAAACUUACCAAUGCGUACUGUUUAACACUUUAAAUUAAGUCUAACAUACACUAUAAAAAUUGCUACGAGAUUCAUUAAUUAAGUUACACAUAUGUAGAUGAUUAAACAAAUUUAUAAAGAACAUUACACAAAAUAAUCCUCCGGUUAGAAUUGAAAAGGAUGAAAGAUGGCCUGGGUACGUGGGAAUUGAAUAUGGGAUAAACUAACUAUGGGAUCCAUCGGUGGAUGAUGAUGCGGCGGCGGGGAGGUUUCUACCGGAAACUUGUCGGCAGUAAGAGUCGCAGGCGGGGUGGCAUGCUUCUAUAGUCGCACCAAUUACCCGCAUGCAUGUCGGCAUGCAUCCCUUCGCACAAUCUGACAUUAUAAUGGCUGCAUUGCUCCUGUUGCCUUUCCAGACCACCGUCAUCAGCACCACCGCUACGAGGAUGUUAGCUGCCAUGCCUCCGCUGCUGCUGACUCUUUUCCUUGUUGCCAUUUUCUCUUUGCGUCAAUGCGCGUCUUAAUUAGGUCUUGAUCUAUCGAGAUCUAUAUGCAUGCAUGUGUACGUAAACAUAAUGAUUGAAGAUCGGAGAUGUUUAUGAUAAUGGAAGAUGUAUACAUUAAUAUAUUUAUAGGGCUGAUAUGUAUUUGAUGUUAUCUCGGA